AGAACCGAGAGCUCCAGAUUAUGAGGAAGUUGGAUCAUUGUAACAUUGUCCGAUUGCGUUAUUUCUUCUACUCUAGUGGAGAGAAGAAAGAUGAGGUGUACCUCAACUUGGUGCUGGACUAUGUUCCUGAAACAGUAUACAGAGUUGCCAGACAUUAUAGUCGGGCCAAACAGACACUCCCUAUGAUUUAUGUCAAGCUGUACAUGUAUCAGCUGUUCCGGAGUUUAGCCUAUAUCCAUUCCUUUGGGAUCUGCCACCGGGAUAUAAAACCACAGAACCUCUUGCUGGACCCUGAUACAGCCGUUCUAAAACUCUGCGACUUCGGAAGUGCAAAACAGCUGGUUCGUGGAGAACCUAAUGUCUCAUACAUCUGCUCUCGGUACUACAGGGCACCAGAGUUGAUCUUUGGAGCCACCGAUUAUACCUCCAGUAUAGAUGUGUGGUCAGCAGGCUGUGUAUUGGCUGAACUGUUACUAGGACAACCAAUCUUCCCAGGUGACAGCGGUGUGGAUCAGUUGGUGGAAAUAAUCAAGGUUCUGGGAACGCCUACAAGGGAGCAAAUUAGAGAAAUGAAUCCAAACUAUACUGAAUUCAAAUUCCCCCAGAUUAAGGCACAUCCAUGGACUAAGGUCUUCCGGCCCCGCACUCCACCAGAAGCAAUUGCGCUAUGUAGCCGUCUGUUGGAGUACACCCCCACUGCCCGCCUGACUCCCCUGGAGGCCUGUGCGCACUCUUUCUUCGAUGAACUACGGGACCCAAAUGUCAAGUUACCAAAUGGGCGAGAGAAACCUGCACUCUUCAAUUUCACCACUCAAGAACUGUCAAGUAACCCAUCUCUGGCUUCGAUCCUCAUCCCUGCUCAUGCCCGGAACCAAGCAGCUGCUUCAACCCCUACAAAUGCUGCAGCGGCCUCAGAUGUUAACGCAGGAGAACGAGUUCAGACCAAUAGUGUAGCUACAGCAUCAGCCUCCAACUCCACCUGAACCGGUACCAAGCAGCCAGCUACACGGGAAAAAUCACCAGUAAUUUGAGUCUUGCUCAGCAACACUGGUCACAUUUGGAAAGAAAAUUAAAAAGAGGAAAAAAAAAACAACCAACAAACCAACCAACCUGUUCAUUUUAGUGUUCAAUUUUUUAUUAUUAUUAUUGUUGUUCUUAUUUAACCUUGUAAAAUAUCUAUAAAUACAAACCAGUUUCAUUGUAUUCUCACUCUGCAGGGUGUCCGGGGCAGGGGACUAGGUGGGGGGGAGGAGGGAAAGCAGAGCAAUACAACACACCAAUGUCUCUCCCCUCGACAAUCUCUUCAUGUUGGAAGUUUGCUGUUGUGUACUUCAGAACCAGAACUCUUGCCUCAUGCCCCCUCCCACUACAGAAAGAA